GACAGCUCGGCUUGUCAGCUUGUUAGUAAGGGGGUAAUGUAGAAUAUUGWAAUGAAUCCYGUAGUGUGCUGAGUUCUAGUCGGAUUUUCUAGCCUUUGCGCGAAGCCACCGWUUUGUGCUCUACAAAUCCACAGCCUUCGAAUUACCAGCUGCAUUGGUUCAUCUUUAUCUGCAUUGCYGAAUAAAAAUAUGACUAGYCAUAAUAGAGAGAUUUUCAAUGAAGCACAAGAGUUCUGGAGGAAUGGACACGUUGGGUUUGCCGAGUAUUCUAAGUUUGUACGUGAGAACAGCAAUCCAAGGCGCAGUCAGUAUAUAAUAUCAUCGUUUCCUUCAGGCAACACUCUAGAGCUCUCGGACAGUGACUCUGAAGUUGAAUACUUCGAAGCUAUAGAAAUUCCACUUCUUCCCAAGCGACGAAGAAGCCGAACAAACUUUGAUUCAUGGCAAGUUGACGAGCUGGAAAAAGUCUUUAAAACAACACAAUACCCUGAUGUAUUCACGAGGGAGGCACUGGCUUUAAAACUAGAUCUAUUGGAGUCUCGAAUUCAGGUUUGGUUUCAAAACCGUCGAGCCAGGAAAAGAAGGGAAGAAAAAACAAAAUCAGCGCCUGGGAGAAGAAAGAAGACCGAAACAGAAAAAUAUAACCGCAACUAUCUGGUGUCACAACUAAAUCGCUCUGCUAAGAAGGCUCAAAACAAAACCACAAAAAAUAUCGAUGCUGCAAAGCGCCAGUCAUCGCAAUCACACUCCAAAUCCUUCUCAAUCGAAAGUAUUUUGUCGCGAAAGGAUCCGCCAAAGGAGCGACUGUCCACUGUUGCAAUUCUUUCAAACUUGGUAGAUGAGAUUCCAGUUGGCAAUGAAGAGUUAAGUGACAACGAAGACACUCUUCCUGGAACAUCGCCUGGCAACUUGAUAACCUCGCCCAGUAACCCAACUACUUCACCUAGCAACACACCCGCGUCUCCUAGUAACUUUAGAACGUCUCUUAGUAACUUGAGCAUGUCUUCCAGUAACUCAAGUACGUCUUCUAGCUACUCAUGCACCUCGCCUAGUAACUCAAGUUCAUCGUUAAGUAGCUCAAGUGUGUUACCUAGCAACUUAAAUGUUUCCGUAUCUACCGCCUUAAUUUUGUCGCCUAGCAACUCAAGAAUUUCAUCUGGUAGUUCUGACACAUCGUGUCCUAGCAAUGAGCCCAUAUCACCUAGCAACUCAAGUACGUCACCUAGCAACUCUAGCAUGUCGCCUAACAACUUUAGCAAGUCGCCUAGCAACUCAAACACGUCACUUAGCAACUCUAGCAUKUCGCCUAACAACUUUAGCAAGUCGCCUAGCAACUCAAACACGUCACUUAGCAACUCAAGCACACCUAGCUGCAGCAAAAUACCGUCUUCUGAUAGCUCAUAUAGCGAGAAUAUUAAUGAUAUAUCCCAUGUACUGCGCAUGAGCACAACCUCUGACAUGGAGGCUCAAAGACAAAGUGAAGACCAAAAAGAAGGAGAAAAUAAAGAAGAAAGAAAUUUUCGUAGUGUUGUUAUUCCUAGCUUUCCACAGAGGAGAUUAGUCCUUAAUGAGAGAGAAAAUCAUUCAGUCAUUAGGAGAAAUCCAUCAUAUUCGACAUCGACGCCUCGCAACGAUGAUUUAAUUGUAUGCGUGGCGCCAUUUGGGACGGUAAUGCGACAAUAUUUUCAUGGUGAAGACGCCUCGUCCCAUCUCGACAGACACUCCACACAUCUACGUGUAAUCACGAGGAAUCCAAGAAAUGAGCCCGCAAGCUUAGCCAACACUUUACGCAAUUCCAGUCACGGAGCAUGCACAGAUGACGACUUUGAAAAUUUUCGAACGACUAGUAUUCUGACGUUGAGGAAUCGUGCCGAGAAACACGUUCAAAGACUGAAUGUCUGUUAAUGUUGCAUUCAUUAUUAUUCAAUAUUACUUAUAUUGUUCGUGUUUGUAUAUAUAAAUCCUUUUAACAUGCGGGAUUCCUGUGGUGAAUAUCUGGCAUGGUAUUAAUAGCGGGCUUCCUGUGGUUGAGUACUGACGCGCGAAGAGUACGAGUCGUGAUAGUCUAGUACUACUAUUUACGUUACCAGUUCUUUUCACGCGUAGCACAGAGACCUCAACAGSGUUACAUCAGCGUCGYACAACAGAUUAUGAAAAAGCACAAUAUGCCAACAGACUCUUGCGCGAAGACCUCACCAGUCUUACCAAAAACACAAAUGAAUGCAAGAAAAAUUGAAAUCUGGGAAGUUUAAGUGGUUACUUUAUGAGAGAAUUUUUUGCGGCUUCUUUUGUACAAUCGUCCAAAUUUCCCCUUCUCUUGCACAAGAGUGAAUGUAGGGGGUGCUACAUGGGUUAUACAAUGUUUCCCAAUUGCAACAGUAAAAGAUUUGAAAUUUCCUCUUUAAAUAAAUUGUAUGAUACUCCAA